CACCUGCCCUUGCAUUUCAAUUUGAGUAAGUUACCAGCAAUGGAGUACAGAAUCAGAAGAUGGUUGGAUCCCAGGCAGGCUGUGGGAGGAGGAGAUCUGGAACUGCAUGAGGAGUUUCAGUACCUGCCGUGGUGCAGCUGACUUCUGAGGACCCCUCAGCACAGGGCGCUGUGUUCUACAUCAAGUGCAUAUUUUUCCUAGGAUAUUCAUUUCUGUAAGGUCCUGAAAUUACUUAAUUUUUAUAGGAGUGUAGCGUUUCCUUAUUGAACCUGUUUCAGAAACCAGUGACCCUUCCUGUGUUGUGUACACUAGGCACAGAAUUUCAUGACUCUUGGAAUUUGCCUGUUUUGUUACACUGUGCAAAUUGCAAUCACAGUGCAUGGUAUGAAAGAUCAUCCCAGGCCUGUCACACCUUACUUUCUCCUGCCCUCUGUUACAUGAAUGUCCCUUAAACAUUCUGCAGAUCUGAGAGUGUGGGUGCCCUCUCCUGGUCUCCUAAACCAUGCUCAGCAAAAAGCCUCAGUUCUCAAAUAUGAUGAAUAAGAACAGCAGACUCCACAUUGAUUCUAACUUAAGGAAUACCUUUUUCACUGAAAUUGGCAUUGGAGUCUCAGCCAACAGCCUCCUACUUCUCUUCCACAUCUUCAAGUUCAUUCAUGGGCAGAGGUCCAGACUCACUGACCUGCCCAUUGGUCUCCUGUCCCUAAUCAACUUACUUAUGCUACUGAUUAUGGCAUGUUUAGCCACAGACAUUUUUAUUUCUUGGAGACGAUGGAAUGACAUCAUAUGUAAAUCCCUUCUCUACCUGUACAGAACUUUUAGAGGUCUCUCUCUUUGUACUACCUGCCUGUUGAGUGUCCUUCAGGCCAUCAUCCUCAGUCCCAGAAGUUCCUGUUUAGCAAAGUACAAACAUAAGCCUCCCCAUCACAUCUUCUGUGCCAUGCUUUUCCUGAGUGUCCUCUACAUGUUCAUUAGCAGUCACCUCUUACUAUCCGUCAUUGCCACCCCAAAUUUGACCACAAAUGACUUUAUUCAUGUUAGUCAUUCCUGCUCUAUUCUACCCAUGAGUUACCUCAUGCAAAGCAUGUCUUCUACACUACUGGCCAUCAGGAAUGUCUUUCUUAUUAGCCUCAUUGUCCUCUCGACAUGGUACAUGGUGGCUCUCUUGUGUAGGCACAGGAAACAGACCCGGCAUCUUCAGGGUACCAGCCUUUCCCGAAAAGCAUCCCCAGAACAAAGGGCCACCCAUUCCAUACUGAUGCUCAUGAGCUUAUUUGUCCUGAUGUCUGUCUUUGACAGCAUUGUCUCCUGCUCAAGAACUAUGUAUCUGAAUGAUCCAAUAUCUUAUUCUAUUCAACUACUUGUGGUGCAUAUCUAUGCUACAGUAAGCCCUUUUGUGUUUAUGAUCACUGAAAAACAUAUAGUUAACUAUUUGAAGUCCAUGUAUGUGAGGGUGUUGAAUGUUUGAAUACUCAUUGAUGGACAAGAUCCAUUAAGAGGAGCCAAUGUAGGCAUCAGAACUGUCAGUCAUGGUGAGCUGUCUAUGUGCUUUGGCAUACAUGAAAUAUGAAGUUGUUUUUCUGUUAAAAUGAUUUACUUUAACCAACAUGAUUGUAAACAUGUAACAGGAGAUUAAACCACAUCCUGUUUGAUA